GAAAGUGUAUCCGGGUGCAGAGGUCGACCGAGUGUUCGCGUUUGUGUGUGACUCAGUGUGCUGAUCCCACGGCGUGCGUGCCUGCUGCGUCUCCACAUCACCAACGAUGGCGCUGGCAGCGAACAGGGCCUUGGCCGGAGACACCGUGUUGGGCGAGCAGGAGAUGGACGCCAACUCUGCCCUAAUGGAGCUCGACAAAGGACUGCGCUCCGGGAAAAUUGGGGAGCAGUGCGAGGCGGUCGUCCGUUUCCCGGGCCUGUUUGAAAAAUAUCCCUUCCCGAUACUCAUCAACUCGGCCUUCCUCAAGCUUGCUGAUGUCUUCAGAGUGGGAAACAACUUCCUGCGGCUAUGUGUGCUGAAGGUGACACAACAGAGCGAGAAGCACCUCGAUAAAAUUCUCAACGUGGACGAGUUUGUCAAACGGAUUUUCUCCGUCAUUCAUAGCAACGACCCUGUGGCCCGUGCCAUCACUCUUCGGAUGCUGGGCAGCAUCGCGUGCAUUAUCCCUGAACGCAAGAACGCACACCACAGCAUCCGCGAGAGCCUGGAUUCCAAUGACAACGUGGAGGUGGAGUCCGCCGUGUUUGCCGCCACUCACUUCUCGGCACAGUCCCGAGACUUUGCUGCAGGGAUUUGCAACAAAAUUGGUGAAAUGAUUCAAGGACUGGCGACGCCCAUGGAGCUGAAGAUGAAACUGAUCCCCGUGUUUGAGCACAUGCACCACGAUGCGGGAAUGGCAAGCGGAGCGAGGCAGCUGCUCCAGCACCUGGCAGCCGCCUACCCGGCCACGGCAGUGCUCGCCGUGACGCUGCACACCUCCACACGCCUCUCCUCCUCCGCCCUCAUCGACAUCCCCAAACAGAUAGAGUUAUUGCUACAGUAUCUUCAGCAAGACCCACGGAAAGUGAUCAAGAGACUCGCGAUCAAGGAUCUCAAGCUUUUGGCAAAGAAGGUGCCUCACAUGUGGAGCAUGCAGGAGAUCCAGGUCAUAUGCGAAUGCGCCCUGCAGACUCCGUACGACAGCCUGAAGAUCGGCAUGCUUUCUGUGCUGUCCACACUCGCCGAUUCCAUUGCCGUUACCAACUGGUUCACUUCAAAAGCGGUUCUGUUGGCGUCCGGCCCCCUUAGCACCCUCCUUCGGCUGUGCCAGGAGUGCUGCUUCCACGACAGCCUCGCCAUGGCAGCCCUGGCGGCCACCACGCUCACCAGCUUGCUUGUCGCCGCACAGGACUCCCCAGAUGGAGAUUCUCUGCAGUUGGAAGUAUCGUCUGCGCUGGAGUCUCUUCUUGUGUCGGCCAGUGCGGAGGAGAGCCCUGACUGCCAGACUGCACUCAAGUCGGUGCUCAAGUGCAUGGUGCGCGUGUGUGGGGCGGUGCCGCGGCUGAGCUCCACGCUCGUGCAGGCGCUUCUGUGGCAGCUGCAGCCGGCGCAGGACGCGGCGCGCGCCCUCAUCUGCCAGGGCCUGGCGGCGGCCGCCAUGCAGAGCCCCGUGCUGGGGCAGGCGAUGCUGGGUGACCUCGUGGAGCUGCUCGAAGCCGUGGGCCGCACGCCCAGCCCCGCUCAGCAGCAGCUUCUGGUUUCCGUGGCCACGGUCAUAUUUGUUGCCAAUCAGAAGGUUUCAUCGAGCGAGGUGAAGGCGGCGAUCCGAGAACAGCUGGGGGCGGGCGCGAGUGGCUGGACAGUGUACCGCGUCGCCCGGCAAGCCUCCCGCAUGGGCAACCACGAUGUGGCAGCGGAGCUGUACCACGGCCUGCUGGCGGAGGUGGCCUCGGAGCACUUCUACUUCUGGCUGGGUGGCCUGGAGCAGCUGUCGCGUGGCGAGCAGUGCCUGUCCGCCGUGCGGGACGACGAUCCAGGGACGGCACUGGGCUGCCUAUCGCGGGCGCUCGUCAGCUACCAGCGCGGACUGGCGUCGCUCACCGCGGCGAGCACGCCGCAGAACCCGCUGGUGUUCCAGUGCGAGUACGCCAAGCUGCGCGCGAGCAGCAUGCAGGCCUUCUCGCAGCUCUUCUGCACGUGCAACAGCCUAAAGACGAACCCCCCGCCCGCCAUCGCCACCGCGCUGGCCCUCAGCGCCGGGCGUGACCUCGCCUCCUGUGGCCGCAUCUCGGGCCAGAUGAAGCAGUGCAUGGAGGAGUUCCGGAGCCUGGCAACGCGCUACAGCGAUCUCUACCAGUCCUCGUUCGACGCCGACCCCGUAACGCUGCGCAACAUCGAGCUACAUCAGCAGAGCUGUCUUCUAAUUGCUUACGUGAUCGAUGCAUUGAUUAUAAAUCAGGAGCUGGGAAGCUUCGGUGGCUACGGGCAGAGCGGGAUGCACAAGGCGGAGAACGAAAGCGAACGGGCACUGCACGCGGCCUUCGAUCAGGUCCUCCAGGAUGUGGAAAGCCUGCACAGGAAGCAUCCGCCAGUCUCCUACCAGCACACUGCGUGUCUGUCACGUGCAGCCACCUCCAUCCUGAAGGUGUCCCUGUCCUUCCCUCGGCUUUUCUUCCAGAGGUUGCAAUCCACCAGCAUUAAGCUGAAUCUUUCGCCGACGCCGCGCACGGCAAGCGAGCCCCUUGCGCUUCACAACACGCAGCAGCUGGCACUCAAGGUGGAGGGUGUCAUUCAGCACGGCAGCCGGCCCGGCCUUUUCCGGCACGUGCACGCCGUGCGCCUGACCGUCACGUGCACCCCGCAGGCCCCCCGACCGCAGCACGACGUCAAGCCCAUCCUGGAGUCGGACUGCACGGAGAUGGAGCAGCGCGUGGAGCCGCACAACGACUACUUCAGCACGCAGUUUCUGCUGGCGUUGGGCACGCCCGGCGUGAGCUCUGUGAGCGUGGAGGCGAGCGCGCUGGACGAGCGGGGCGUAGCGUGGCGAACGGGCCCCCGCGCCACCAUCUCCGUGCGCUCCAUGGAGGACCCCCUGACGCAGCAGCUCCGCAUGCAACAGCAGCAGCAGCAACAGCAGCAACAGCAGCAGCAGCACCAUCAGCAGCAGCAGCAACAGCAGCAGCAGCAGCAAUUGGCGCAGUCGCAGCGGGCAGCCUACGGCAGGUUCUGAGGAGGUAUAGACUGCUUACGACCUCGGCCAUGUGGGCCUGUUCAUAAACUCCGUUCGGCGUGCGCAGACGCGCUGACGAUCGUCGUUAAUUGCAUGUCUCGUCCGGUGAAAAUUCGACUCCGCAAACGGUAUAUUGGAGGAUACCUGUAAAUACCCAACCGUGCAUCGUUACCAUGGAAAGGGCUAAGUGGAGUGGAGAAGAUCCCAUAAAGUGAGGAAAAGUUUGUUUGUCCAAGUAGACAUUCUGCCGUGGAUGUUUCUGUGACAAGUGCUCUCUCAGCGAGUAGAUAAGAACUUUGGUUGCGACACCGCCAGGUGGUGCGACGGGAGAGACCGGGGAUGGGUUAAACUAUUGUCAAGGUUGCAAUGUUAAAAACGUUGCGGUCUGUGCUCUGUGCCGAGUUGUAGUUCUAUGAUCUGUACCUGCAAAAAAAUACUCACGGAUUAUUUUGGAAAAAAAAGGACUCUUCCUUGCUUGAAAAGCACCACCAAAUUAAGUGUGACAGGAGACGCUGUGGAUAGGUGUGUAAAAAUAGUGUUUUUUGAGUCUAAACCACACACGAAGUAAGUAUUGAAAUACCUUUGUCCAUCGUCAGUGUGAUCACAGACCAUUUGCAUUGUGUUGAGAUUUAUACAUAAAACUUAACGGUGUUAGGUUCGAUUAAGUUUAUUCUUCUGACGUAGAUGGAUACAUUUUUGCAUGUAAAUAAAUUGUUUUGAGAAAUGUAUAAGAUUGGUUGACCACAAACCCUUCAGAAAAUAGAUAUUAUCUUUGUACCACAUUGCUGAAAAAGAAUAAUCGAUUCUUUAAUCGAAUCAUGGCUCUUGAUUCGUAAUAAUUGAGUCGUGAAAGGGAGGGGGAAGGGAGUGAAUUGUUACACACCUCUUAUUUACAAAGAGCCUCCCGUGCGUUUAAAAAUGCAACGGUCUCGUGUUUUCCUCUAGUUAUUGUGCAUUUCGUUCAACAUUUGAGAUAGUGAUUGCUUUCAUGUGUUUGUGGGGAGGAGUAGUGUCACAAUUAAGUGGGCUGCACUACGAUCCCGGCAACCCAAGUUCGAUUCCCGCUCAUGGCCACCAACACCAGUGACGAUUAUAUAAACCAGUCCAGGGCCUCCCAUAGGUUGACUCAGCCUCAAAUGAGUACCUGGUAUGAUGUGUGAACAUCGCCACUAGGGAGACAAAGGCGGCCAGGUGUGGUGCUGACCACUUCACCACCUCGUGUACCUUACCGGCCUUCAUAGGUGCUCGCGAACAGCACUUGCCCCAACAAUCUGUUAAGGUUUAUGCAGGGCAUCUUUGUGUCAUGAAUGUGAAAGUGCCUCCAGUGGCACAACAAUUCACUCAUAAUUAUAGCCAAGAAACUUGAAACUGCAACUUUGUGUUUUGUAUACAUUGUUUGCAACGUCAACGAAAGCUCUCGUACAUAAAUAAAGUGGAGAUGUUUUUUGA